AUGGGCUUUGCGGUGGUGGGGGUCAUCAACGGCGUGCUCAUGCAGGAGACCUUCAAGGUCGCCCACAUGGACGACACCGUCAUGGUCCGGGAGAAGCAGAGGGCGAUCAGGGCCCACGUGCAAAAGAUGUCCCUCCUCUUCGAGGAGGCGGACACCUCGGGGGACGGCCGCGUGGACCUCGCGGAGUUCAAGCGGAUCCUGGACGACCACGAGGUGAAGGUCUGGCUGGCCGCCAUGGACGUGGAUGUCAGCGACGUGGACGAGCUCUUUUCCAUGCUGGACGAUGGAGCGGAUGGGCGGCUUUCUGCCGAGGAGUUGGUGGCGGGCAUCUCCAAGCUGCAGGGCGUCGCAAAGGCGAUGGACCUGCGCAAGGUGAUCCGGAAGCACGAGGAGAUGAACCAGAGCCUUGCGUGCGUCAUGUCCAGACCUGCGACGGUCACUGAAAAGGAGGAGGAGGACUAUGUCGGUCCUUUGGGCGCCUUGGUCGGGGGCUACAGCGAUGCGGAUUGGCUCUACGAGGAGGUCUUUGAGAAGCACCCGGCGGAGGCGCUCAAGGAGAGCUUCGCCCUGUUGGGCUUCCGGAGCCGCAGCGAGGGGGACUGGUCCGGGGUCUCGGUGGAGGAGAUCUCGCUGGUCUAUCGCCGGAUGUGCCUUCGCGGCCACCCGAGCCGAGGAGGAUCUCCCAAGGACUACCUGAAACUGCAGGUGGCAAUGGAGCUGAUCAAGGCCUUCUGCGGGGACGCCGGGCCGCUGGAGGGGCCACGGCCGCCGUCCCGAGGGCCCGACGUGAGCCUUUGCAUCGAGAAGUCGGACAACCACUUCGUGCUGAGCGACCUGGCGCUGGCCCACGAGCUGCAGCUCAGCGUGGAGGAGGCGGAGAAGGAGGCGGCGCAGCUGGGCCAGGAGCAUCUCGAGGAGCUGAACCGGGCUCUGGACGAGUACAUCCUGAGGCAGAUGUGCUUCAAGAGUGAGAUCGUGGACGAGAUUGCGCGUCUCCAUGAGGACUCGGCGUAUGCGAUCCUGGGGGUGUCCUCCAGUGCGACGGAUGCAGAGAUCAAGAAGGCCUACAAGCUGAUCGCCAUGCAGUGUCAUCCGGACAAGGGAGGGGACAAAGAAGACUUUCAGGAGCUGACCAACGCCUACGAGAAGAUCAUGGAGCAGCGGCGAUCGGAUGGCCCCAAGGACCGACGUGGCAAUGCCACUUGCGAAAGCGACGAGGAGCCGACGCCCGAGAAGGUGCCGCGGAAGGAAAAGCGGGAUAAACGCGAGGAUGCGGAGGAGGAGGAAAGCAAGGAGGAAGAGACACGGGGCGAAGAGAAGGACCGCGAGGCCAAAGGAGGCAGUCAGGACAAGGACAAUGCAACCCUUCUGGAGAAGGCCAGCAAGGCCGCAGAGGAGGCGUCGCGGUACGCCAAGACGGCGGCGGAGUUCGCGCACCAGGCGGCGGAGGCGGCGGAGGCGGCACGAAGAGAUCAGGAGCGCGGCAGCCGCGACUCCCUCACCAAGUCGGUGGCCCACUCUGCGAUCGUCUACACCCUCACGGUGGUGAAGGCGGUGCGGGCGGUGGGUUACGCCACCCUGGACGUGGCGGCCCAGUGCCGUGCCGCGGCGAAGCGAAACCCGGAGGCGGCGUCCUGCGCCGAGCACGCCGUGAACGCCAUGAGCCUGGGCCUGGAAGCCUUGAACAGCGCCCUCGCCUGCGCGGAGGUGACGGAGAUCACCGCCGCAGAGCUGCAGGCCACGGAGCCGGGGCCCGCGGCGGAGCGCUUCGCAGGCGCAGCGGUGCGUGCCUCCUUGGCCGCGGCGGGGGCCUCCAACGUGGCGAUGUCGGCAGCCAUCGCGGCAGUUGAAGGCAGCCGCCAGUGCGCCAAGGCCCUGGAAACCGUUGGCAAGCCGCAGGCCGAGGAUGAUAGGGCGGACGAGGCCACCGAUGCGGGGGAGGCACAUGAGGACUCGGAGGGCAGUGACUCCGAGCCGGAGCCCAAGAGAGUCACCCCGGAGAAGGCGACGAGCUCCGUUCUGCCGCGGCUGGUGGCUCAGCGCAACAACAACCACAAGGUUCUUCAGCGCUUGAACGCCGAGAUUCUGGGGCACCAGCGCAAUGUACGGGAGUUCCUUUGCCAAAACCGGCAGCUCAUCCCGGAGGUGCCGGCGGCUUCGAAGCUCAAGAUCUUCCGGCUCCUGCGGGACUAUGCCAUAGAAGCCUGGGCAGACCUUGGCCGCGAGGAUGCCGGGCGUGGGGAUCUUCUGGAGAGGCUCGAGCAGCUGCCUCUGCUGGUCCCUUUUCUGCAGCCACAAAGCUUGGCGAUCCCGGUGAGUGUCAAGGCGCGCGUGCUCAAGAUGGCCGCUUUGUAUGACUUGCCUCUGACCAUGCAGCUUCUGGAUGAGGAGCUUCUGUCCCGAGCACGGCAGAGCAAGGGCAGCCCAGUCAGCCUGCUCGUCCAGGAUUCGUUUGCAGCCAAGCUGGAGGAGCUGGCCGAGAAAGUUCGGGCAGAGCUGGCCAGUAGUGCAGAGGAUGCUGCGUGCAUCACAGGUGGAGGGGCAGGCGCUCAGGCGCCGGCCAGCGCGUAGGCCUUUCCAUCGGGUGUCGAGAUCUUUAAUCGUAGCUCGAGAUCGAGGCCUUCGGCAGAAGCCUGACUCCCUCGUGGCUCUUGAACAGUCCCUUCGA